UUGAAGGUCUUCGCCUUUUCUGUUGGUACAGAAUGUUGUUACUAGACAUUCGCACGCACGUCGCGCUCCACGACUGCGUCUGCGUCUGCGUCUGCGACUGCACUAGGCACAUGCCUUUACAGUGAACUACCUUCUGCCUAACCAGUUCCAUGAAUAUGUCAAUAAACACCACUGCUUCGCAAAAUCUCAUUUGCUCUGGAUUUACAGACUUCUCUACCUCUGUUCUACCUGCGCUACGGGCCUCCUGUCUUUGAACUAUGUGAACCUUUACCUUCCUUGGCUUAUCAAUUCAAUAUGUCUUCGAGCACUGAAGAUUUCCUUAAUUGGUCCGGCACAUCCAGUGAGGAUGAGGACCAAAUAUCUUCGCCCCCACUUCAGUCUCGUGCCUAUCAGAUCGAAAUAUUUGAGAGGAGCAUGAGGGAGAACAUCAUUGCAAUGCUGGCCACUGGUAGCGGCAAGACCCAAAUUGCCAAACUUCGUAUAGAAGCAGAGCUUCAAAAGUCUGUGGACAAGCUUGUCUGGUUCACUGCACCUAGUGUGGUUCUGGCUAUUCAGCAACAUUCUUUCCUCUCUCAGCAACUCCCUGCCUUCAACUUCAGACUUGUCACUGGCCAGGACAAUGCUGAUUACUGGGAUCAGUCUACCUGGGAUAGAGCUCUUCUCAACAUCAAUACCAUCAUCUCCACCCCUCAAAUCCUGCUCGACGCUCUGGAUAGUGGCUUUUUAGCUCUCUCUAACUUCUCUUUGAUCGUUGUUGACGAGGCCCACCACUGCUUUGGUGGGAAUCCUUUGAAUACCAUGAUGACGAGGCACUAUCACACCAUGGAGGCUUCAGAUCCCCAAGUACAGCGGCCACAUAUCCUUGCCCUAUCUGCAAGCCCUGUGUCCCGGAAGAGCACCGUCGAGUUGAAAACUUUGGAAGCCAAUUUGAAUGCUCGAUGCGUCACACCGACAAUACAAGCGGAGGAUUAUUCUGCCUUUGUUAACAUGCCCUCUCUCGAGAAGAUCGCUUUUAUUCCCCUAUCAAUGCCUCCACAAGGACCUCUUCUCAUCCUGGAAAACAUAUCCAAGGAUCUUCAGGUGGACGAUGAUCCACAUAUGAUAAAUCUACGUCAAAAAACAGACCCCGAAUCUCGCUCGAAGGUUGAGAAGUACUUGAGAAAAGGUCGGACCCCCACCAUAGAGGACAUUUGCUCCUUUGCGCUGUCUGCCGGUAACUUGAAUUCAGAGCUCGGUACCUGGGCCGCUCAACAAUUCAUUGUCGCCUGCUUGAAAAAAGCUCGAUUGCUGGAUAUCGAGACUACAAAAGCCGCUUCUUCCAAACCAAAUCAAGCCAUGCGCUUUGUCAACACGUCUCUUGAUCCAAUCCGUGCAGCUAUACCAGAGGCCUUACUCUCUACUCUUGAAUCAACGGACUGCUCAGACAAGGUGAAUCGCCUGGUUCAAUUUCUGAAGGAUUCCUACAGUCCCGCAGUGCGUGUUCUGGUAUUUGUCAAGACAAGAUCUACGGCGUGGGCACUCUCUCAACUCAUCAAUUGUCAUCCCUUAACGACAGACUACCACGCUUUCUCGUUCGUAGGGUGCGCAAAUGGAGCUCACUCUUCUUUUAUGGAUCUCGCCCACCUCCAAGGUCAAAACAAACGAUUGGAAGACUUUAGACGAGGCGAGCUCAACCUCUGCGUCGCAACAUCCGUGAUGGAAGAAGGUGUCGACGUCCCAGCUAUGAAUCUGGUCAUUUGCUUUGAUGAGCCCGCCAAUAUUCGUAGUUACAUCCAGAGCAGGGGCAGGGCUCGGCACCGGAUGUCAAAGUUUGUCUUAUUCCGCGCCACAGACUAUACUUCAGGUAAAAUUCUCAGCUGGGCUAUAAUUGAAGAAGAAAUGAAGCGAGCAUGUGCAGAUGCAGAUCGGGCCGUCCAAGAAUGUCUCGCGAGCGAGCCUGAAGAUGAAGCUGGAGCCGAGAUAUUUCGGGUUUCAGGUCCUAACGGUGGCACACUGACUUACGAUAACGCUGUCAGUCGCCUGCAGCGAUUCUGCCACAUGUGGAGCCGCAAGGAUGACGAUGAUCUCAAAAAUCCAGUAUACCGCAUCGAAGAGUCCCAGGAUGGCAAACGCGCAUUUGUGCACUUGCCCUUGUCUCUCAACGUUGCUCAGUAUCCCGUGUCGUCAAAACUUGCCUGGAAGACAGAAAAGAUGGCGCGUCGUGAUGCAGCCUUUCAGGCGUACAAAUUACUCUACGCCAAAGGACUGCUCUCGCAUAACCUCCUUCCUGAUAAAGCAGCGAUUGAUAAAGACGAGCAAAACGUUCGAGAUGACAACAUUGAGAAGCGUGAAAGCGUCUACACCGUUCAAGUUCAAUACGACCCCUGGCCAGAUGUUGCUCUCGAGCUCAAGCAGUCUGCUUCUGUCUAUGCUCACAGACUGCGAGUCCAGAGCAUGGCUCGACCCUAUCCGACGAUGGUCUUGAUCCUUCCCAAAAGCCUCCAAGAAACGACGUUUACUCUCUGGGAGACCUCUAAUGAACAACUUCAGGUGACGAUCGAAGCUGGAAAAGAACUUUUGGGGUGUCCGACCUUGCUCGCUCAACAGAUCAGCUUCCUUUUAUUGAAUACCAUCAUGAGCCGAAGGCUAAAGGAAAUCACAGCAGGACAAGUGCCAUUACUACUCAUACCCGACCUUCCAGUUGAUGCGCUUGAACAAUGGUAUCAACAGAAUUCAGGAUAUGUGCAAUUCGCCGACGCUCAUUUUGACGAGAAUGACAAGUGCCGUGAGUAUCUGAUCUCGAGACACCGAGGUGGGAUUCCCGAGAUAUACCAACCAUCUCAGUCUCAGAUCCAGCCCGAUGCCGUGGAAAACGGUGAUAGCAUUAAGACGACUCCCCUGUCCAAACGACUCAAUCACCUUUCAGCUGCGGAACCGCUUGACCACGGCCGAAGAUCCAAAGUUAAGAAGGCUGCGGCAAUUGAAGAAUGUUACAUUCUCAAUCUACGAGCUGAAUAUGCACGAAUCAUGUUACUAGCACCCUCCAUCACACACAUGGUGGAAAUCGCACUACGGACUUUGGACGCGCGGCAAGGACCACUGGCAGGCCUACCUAUUCGUGAUCUCAAUCUUCUCCGAGAUGCUCUCACCACACCAUCUGCUUGUAUCAGCAACUACCAACGCCUAGAGUUUCUUGGAGACAGUCUGCUGAAAUACUUCACUGCUGUCCAGGUCUUUGUUGACCAUCCUCAUCAUCCCGAGAGUCAACUCACAGUAUUCGCGAGCCGAAUCGUCACGAAUGCUCGAUUGCAGCGGGUGACUAGAGAACUUGGUUUGGAUAAGCACAUCACCCGCCACGCAUUCAAGGCACGAAGUUGGAGAGCUGGCGUGCCUCAAACUUUGCCACCUGGUGGAGGCCCAAAGAUUAAGAAUCUUUCAUCAAAAACACUCGCAGACGUUGUUGAAGCGCUGAUUGGUGCUGCAUACACAGACGGAGCAGCACAAGGCGUCUCUGAGGAAAGUUGUUUGUCGGCUUUGAAGUUUUUCCUGCCUGAAAUAUCUUGGGCCUCCCCCAAAGCAAACAUCGCACGUUUCGAUCCACCUUCGGCCUCUACUAUUCGAGAUCGACAUACACUGAGCUUCGUGGAGUCCAUGAUUGGUUAUGAGUUCCAACGACCGGGCUUCUUAGCAGAAGCUCUGACGCAUUCUGCGUAUGGAACAGGAGUCGAGUCAUACGAUCGGCUAGAAUUCCUCGGGGACGCUGUGCUUGACAUGGUAGUAAAGGCGAGGCUUUAUGACAGCCCACAGAAGAUGGAUCCAGCACAGAUGUCAAAGCGCCGACAUGCCCUGGUUUCCCAUUCCACGCUUGCCUUCUUCGCCCUGCAGACGAAACGCGUGGAGACUACGAUGCGCCUCAACACAAACCCACAUACUAAGAAGACAACGUAUGCCGAGGACCCCAAGAUUGUCUAUUUGCCAGACUAUAUCCAGCGAGUAGGAAGUCGCGAAUCAGCAGAACGUUGCAACGUCACAUUGGAACGUUUGUUGAAGACGCAAAACCGGAUCCUUGACCAUCUCAUGCAUGGCAAAACCUUCCCUUGGGGAAAGCUGCUUCACCUCAAUGCGCCCAAAUGGUAUUCUGAUAUGAUCGAAUCGAUACUCGGAGCUAUUUUCGUCGACGCUGGUGGAGACUUGAUGCCGUGUGUAUCCAUGUUGGAGAAGAUAGGCUAUCUACAACUCGUCGACAGGUAUGCAAGCGAGGUUGACAUUGAUGCGAAUCACCCGCAGCAAGCCUUUUCGAUGAUGUCUACUGGCACGAAUCUCGAGUCCCGAAAAACAAAGACUCAAGGCUGGCAAUGCAAGGCGAUGGUGGGAGACGAGCUGUUGGCGCGUUGCAGAGGAGCCUCGUGUAAAGAAGAGGCCGAGUGUCGCGCUGCACGGAGGGCUGUCAAGAAGCUGGCCGAAGAAGACCAUCGGAAACGAAAACGAGACAAACCUGACAGCCAGAGUAACGAAGAGAAUGGCUCUUCUGUCGACGAUAUGGAGCUUUAGAGCAUUGACGUUACUCAUGUGGCAAAAAUGAUUGAAUGAACAUUGACGCCGAUGACACGAACUAGGAUGCGAAAUUGCUAACGUCUUUACGAAUUUUUGGCUUGGGAUAGUCUAGGUUCAUUCGAGGAAACUUGUGACAGGUGGUGUGAGGAAAUCAA